GUGCCCAAGGGAUCCCCCACUCCCACGCACCUGAACACCAAGAGCCCCCUUCCCCACUGCACUCUCGGUCUAGUCCUGUCUGAACCUGCCUGUUCCUACCUAGCCACCCUCCACCUCUGAAGGUCAGAGUGGACAUGCCCUCAGGCCUGCAGACCUGGGGAUAGGGAGAGGCACCCCACACCACACCCAAAACAGUGCCGCCCUGCUGUGCCCCAGUUGCUGCUCUUUCAUUUGGGACCAGUGAUAUCAGGGUCGGUGGGGCUUGGUGGGACUGUUUCCUUGUCUGUGCAAUGGGUGUAGUGAUGAAACCUGUUUGGGGGUGGGGGUGCCCCUCGUGAAGAGUGCUAUAGCUCAGGCAAAAAAAAGAAAACCAAGCCCAUUGCUGUUGAGUCGAUUCUGACUCAUAGCGACCCUACAGGACAGGGUAGAACUGCCCCAUAGAGUUUCCAAGGAGCGCCUGAUGGGUUUGAACUGCCAACCUUUUGGUUAGCAGCCAUAGCUCUUAACCACUAUGCCACCAGGGUUUCCUGUAGCUCAGGCAGUGGCAGCUUAUCACACUGAGGUGAGAGUGAGCCUCCUUGGCUUUCCAGCAGGAAAAUGCAGACUCAAGGAGAGGCAGUGAUUGGCUGCAGCCAAGGGGCACAUUUGGAAGAGAUGGCUCACUGCUUGCAUCCCAGAGGCAAGGGUGGGCCAGGUGGGAAAAGGAGCAGGGCAGUGGAAGAAGGGGCGCACACUGAGUCACUCCCCCCUGCCUCCCAGGACUGUGCAGCCCCUGAGAGGUGCUGCCCCAAUGUGUGUGGCCUGCGAAGCUGCGUGGCAGCACGCUUUGCCCCAGGGGGCCCCACGGCACCAGCUGCCACCACAUGCGAGGGCUUCGUGUGCCUGCAGCAGGGCUCCGACUGUGACAUCUGGAACGGGCAGCCUGUGUGCCGCUGCCGCGAGCGCUGUGGGAAAGAGCCCAGUUUCACCUGUGCCUCUGAUGGCCUCACCUACUACAACCGCUGCUACCUGGAUGCAGAGGCCUGCCUGCGGGGCCUGCGCCUGCACGUCGUGCCCUGCAAGUCGGUGCUGGGCUGGCCCCCCAGCAGCCUGGGCCCCCCGGGGACCCCUGAAACAACAGCACGCCCCAUGCCUGGGGCCGAACCUGUUGUACCCGAGCCACCCGCCCUCUACAGCAACCCCUCGCCACAGGCGGUGGCCAUUGGGGGUACGGCCAGCUUGAACUGUGACGUCAGCGGGCGCCCGUCGCCCACCAUCACCUGGGAGAGGCAGAGUGAGCAGGAGGAGAACCUGAUCCUGCGACCCGACCAGAUGUACGGCAACGUGGUAGUCACCAGCAUUGGGCAGCUGGUGCUGUACAAUGCCCGGCUCGAGGAUGCCGGCCUCUACACCUGUACCGCCCGCAACGCCGCUGGCCUGCUGCGGGCCGACUUUCCACUCUCGGUGGUGCAGUGGGGUGUGGCUGCAGAGAGUCCCUUGCAUGCACCUGGAGUCCCUGCGCUGGCUGGGGCCAAGUGCUCCCACCCACCCGACACACAGCCCUGCCCUGGCUCCGCUGGUCCAAGCAUGCUCUGGCGCUUUGACCCGCGGCGCGGCGGCUGUGCAACCUUCAAGGCCCGUGGCUGCGAUGAGGGUGCGGGUGGUGGCUUCAGGACAUAUGAGGCGUGCCAGGCCUGUGCUCCUGGUCCUGGGGAUGCCUGCGUGCUGCCUGCUGUGCGGGGCCCGUGCCUGGGUCAUGAGAUGCGCUGGGUCUAUAGCCCGCUGCUGCGCCAGUGCCACCUGUUUGUCUAUGGUGGCUGCGAGGGCAAUGGCAACAACUUCGAGAGCCGUGAGGCUUGCGAGGAUGCCUGUCCCAUGCCGCGCACGCUGCCCUGCCGUACUUGCCGCCUUAGGAGCCGGCUGGCACUAAGCCUCUGCCGCAGCGACUUCGCCAUCGUGGGGAGGCUCACCGAGGUGCUACAGGAGCCUGAGGCCACCGGGGGUGGUGGCAUCGCCCGCGUGGCCCUGGACGACGUGCUCAAGGAUGACAAGAUGGGUCUGCAGUUCCUUGGCACCAAGUAUCUGGAGGUGACACUGCUGGGUGUGGACUGGGCCUGCCCGUGCCCCAAUGUGACGGCUGGAGACGGGCCGCUGGUCAUUAUGGGCGAGGUGCGUGAUGGCAUGGCUGUGCUGGAUGCUAGCAGCUAUGUGCGUGCUGCCAGUGAGAAGCGUGUCAAGAAGAUAGCAGAGCUGAUGGAGAAGAAGGCCUGCGAGCUGCUCAAACGCUUCCAGGACUAGGCUCACCCAGUCCCGCCCAAGCCCCACCCCUCUCCUGUCCUGGCAAAUAAAAGGGUUCCUCCCCAACUUGGUGGCCUACUGG